AUGGGCACCGUGCCUGGUCCGAUGAAUGCUGCGUGCGCGGCAGCAUCGGGCUCUAGUGAGCACAGCCUGAUGAGCGACAUGUCGGACAGGAGACCUUCGUCACGUGUGUACCACCGCCAGGCCCCAGGCGUAGAGAUGGUAACGCUGGUGAACCCACGCAAUGGGACUCGACAAGAGGUUCCCGUUCGGUGCACGCAAACGCCCACACGGCCCUGUGACAUGCUUGCUUGCCUGCACAUCCUGAAUGACUUUCUGGUAUCCAUUGGAGCGGAGGUUAAGGAAGUCGCUUUCCGGAAGAUCGCCAUCACUGAUCGGCAAAUACUUCUCCGCCGAGGAAACUUCAAUUCAGAAUACGUUCGUGACGCGGUCCUCACCUUGUACUGUCUACUGUCUAAGCACCGCUGCGUCGACGCCAUGGACAUGAAGGUUCUCCGGAAUUUGCCGCAAUCCACCACAUUUCAAUCGACUUUCUGGAGAUUCCUGGGGUGCCACUCCUGGGUGACUUGCCUCGAGCUGGUGAGAUGCGUCCCAAUGAGAGAUUGCACUCCAAGCAUCAUCACUGCCAUAAGUGACCUGCUGGUGAAACAGCUGAUUCAGCUGACGCUGCGCGAAAUUUACUUGGAUGCCGUGACAGAGUCUCUGCUGGAUGUCCUGAAAAAAGCCUUUCGCAAUACUCGUACUCUCAGGACGCUCAGCAUCUCCCACGUCGGUUACUGUACCAAAUCACAGGGCGUAACGGAGGCAGAUGUGCUCAUUGACCAAGCCAUUGUUCAAAGCAUUGCCAACAACCCAGUGGUGACCAACCUUACCUUUGCCUUCUGCUAUCCCCGGGACGCCUGCCAGGCGAGCAUAAGACGGCUGCUCGAAAAUUCCACUACCCUAACCAAUCUCACAAUUAGCCACUGGGCGCUCCACGAUAGAGCAUUCAGUGUAAAGGAUAUCAUAGGCGCACUUGCAGCUAACCGUACCAUAACCAGCCUUACCCUGCGAGACCUUAAUUCGAACCCACUGGAAAAAGAGAAGCUAGUCGAGCUCCUGAACUCCAACAGAACACUACAGUAUGUGGCCUUCUUGACACGCAGGACGAGCUUGGAGGGAGCUUCCACUUCCCAGGUGCCGCGGCCACAUGUAGACGCCCUUGUCAAGGCCCUGAAGAAGACAAAGUCCCUAGAACGACUGGUCCUGAACUGGAGCUUCUCGCUGCAAGAGAUUCGUCAUCUCGCACAGGCGGUUCAUGGUAAGGAGCUGCGACUGCACUUGCUGAAGAUCUCCUUGGACAAACCAGAAUCUUUUCUCGGAAUCCUCGACGGUGUCCCCGGAAGCCGCAAUGUCGUAUUCGGAGAGUGCGGUUUGCCUGAAGGACCGUUCCUUCCCAUGAUUCCAACAAGGCAAGUCCCGGCCAAGCAACCGCUGUGCUCGAGCACUAUCUGCACCAUUUCGCUUACCAACUUGUGUCGGGUGCUGGCCGGUGACGGUGGAGACUGCAUCAGAUGGCUGGAGCUACGGGCUUGUGAGAACUUUUUUCCUGAAGACAGACACUACCUGGCUACGUACCUGGCCUCUACGCGCAGGCUACGGAUGCUCCACGUGGAAAUCAAGAACGAUCCAGAAUUAGGGACCGCUGUGUUCCACGGCCUAGCGCAGAACAGCAGCAUUGAGCAUCUCUACAUAUAUGUUGGCUGCAACAUCGACGAAAAGAGUGUUGAAUUGUUCAGCGGCUGGCUCUCUACCAAUCGACGGCUGCACUCGCUGGAGGUGUCGUAUUCCUACCGCGGCAGAGAACGUUUCGCUCAAGCACUGGCCGAGUCAAUGCAUCGCAACUUUACACUGACGUUCAUAGCUCUGUAUGCGGCUGACGGACCGUACUAUGAACACCUCUGUAACCUGACCUGGCGCAACCAAGGACUUCUGCACUGUGCAGCCGGAUUUGUUCUAGGCUGCACUCAGAUGCGUGCAGCGAAAGCCUAUGGUCUGCUUGCACGGCACCCGCUGCUUCUAGAGACAGUCCAAAAAAGCCGUACCCUCAGCAAGCGUGAGCUAAGGGCGAAGUUUUGCACCGCCGAGAAUUUCCGGCGCAGGGAGGCGCUGAUGUGCAGCAGGUAUCUUGUUAGCAACCACCUGCCACACCAAAUGAUGAAUGCGCGCUACGGCCACUAG